AUGUCGUCUCCUCCUACCUCCAAGCGGAUCAAGACGUCGACAACAACUAGCUCUCCUUCCCGAUCUCUGAACCAGCAGCAAGCGCCCGCUUUCCCCGGAUCAGCUGCCUUUGAGGGUGUUCCGACGUUACCAGCCCAGCCAACCCAGGUGUCACCUUCCAAUCCACGCAAACGCCGCUCGUCACCCUCAUCAGGCGCAACAACGACCAUGGCUGCGCCGCCUGUCCCGGCUAGCAGAGCAGACGCUGUGACGGAUCCCGCCACGGCUACGGCUACGCCAGAGUCGGCAGGGAAGAAGAAGGGACGGACCAACACUCCGUGGACGGCCGAGGAAGAGCAACGUUUGAAGACAAUGCGCGACGCUGGGAAGAGCUGGAGCGAAAUUGCCAAAACAUUCCCUACUCGAACCGAGGGAAGUGUGAAAAAGCACUGGUACAAGGACAUGCAUUAUGCCGAGUUCGCCGAAGAUGAGUCGGUAGCGCUACGCGAGGCAAUCAAAGAGUACGAGGCGAAUAAGUGGAAGGUCAUUGGACAGAAAGUUGGAAAACCCGCGAAGGUAUUUAGCUGGCCCAUUCAUGGUGUCUGCGAGGGCACUUAUAUAGUCCCGCAUGCUGACCCGUUCGAGAAGGCCUGCGAGCAGUACGCAAAAGAGCAUUUCAAAAACCUCUAA